GGCGGUGACAGCAGCAUGGCGACCAAGCGGCGCGGUGUGCCUACGACCGGCCCGCCGGCGGCCAAGCGAGCCCGCUGCAAGGAGGAGUUCAACGGCGCCCGCUUCAAGGCGCUGUUGCGGGACCCUGCCACUGCCAGAAAGGGUCUGGAGACCUUCGUCUCCACGGCGAAAACGCUGCCGUCUGCCGAAAUAUAUGAUGUCGUGGAGGGGUACAUAAAGAUUUCGGUGGAGUGUGCUGAAAUUUUCAAGCUGCUGGAUGGGGAGAAGAAGCCUGAAAGUGAAACGAUAUUAAUCUUUCAAGCCCUGGAAACUAUUUUACUGAGGACAGCCAGUGACCUCUCCCAUUUUUCUGUUGUGGGAACGAACAUAGUCAAAAGGUUGAUUCACAGCUACAUGAGAUUGGUCUAUGCUGCACUGUAUUCUGAAAAUCACAGGAUGAGCCGAGUGUGCCUUACCCUGUUGUCAGCAAUGGUGGCUCAGGGGCCAGAUACUGCAAGGGAUGUGUUUAGCCAUUUUGACUUCAAUAAUAAAUUUCUGUCUGGAUUAGUGAAAAAAAGAGACAAGAAGGGGAGACCUGAUGUCCGUAUGGCCUAUAUUCAGUUUGCUCUCUCCUUUUUAAUAGCUGGUGACACUGCAGUUUUGAUGCAAGUGCUGGAAUUAAAAGAUUUCAUCCCAGAUAUUUUUCGUUCUGGAAUAAAGGAAGACAAAGUUUCUACUGUCAAUCUUCUUCUCUCUACACUGAAAACUAAGGUGGUUCAAAAUAAAAAUAUUACCAAAACCCAGAAGGUGCGCUUUUUCACUGCAGAAGUGUUGAAUCAUGUGGCUUCGCUUUACCGAUGGAAUGGCAUUACUGAUGUCAGCUCUAAGGAUUUCAAGGUAACUCAAGGUUCUGAAGAGGUGGGAAAGGCAAUGGUACGAGAACUUGUUCAUAAUUUCUUAAUGGACCUCUGCUGCUCUCUGAAACAUGGCAUUACUUUCUAUGAUCCAAGUCUUGGAACUUCUGGCAGGGGAGGAAAUAUAGUCCUUCUGCGCUUUCUGCUUGGUUUAAAAACUGCAACAGAGGAUGAAAUGGUUGCUGAUCUCGUGGUGAAUAUUCUUAAAGUAUGUCCAGAUCUAUUGAAUAGAUACUUCAAGGAAACCCAGUAUUCCUUUGUUCCUAGAGUGAAGUCAGCUUGGGCGGACAAUAUGAAGUUACUCAAAAAGAUCUAUGAGGCUCAGCCAGAGAUUUCCAAUUCUUUUAAGACUUCAGAGUUUAUUCCUCUCCCAAGGUUGCUUUCUAUGGUGAUGGUAACAACAGUCCCUGCAGUGUGCAAUAAAAUGAUGUUCACCCAAGGGCUAAAUUUACCAAGCAAAGUAGUGAAGCACAGCAUACUAUCACUUAUGUCAAGCGUCCUGAAAAGAGCCUUGAAGAAUAUUGAGUACUGCUUGAAUGAAGAGACUUGGCAAAAGUCAGAAAUCUACUCACUGUCAGUGAUGCAGGAAUUUGUGCAGCUGUACAGAGAAGCUGUCAGCAAGCUUUUACCAGACAUGAACAACAUAGUAGCUGUUUGGCAGUCUCUUCUGAAGCAAGGGAAGGAAAACCAAGAUGGACAAGAGGAAAAGAAUGAAACUGCUGUGUCCGCUGUAGAGGAAACGACUGAGAUGGCAGAAGUUGCUGAACAACAUGGCUCGGAUGAUGCUGAGACGCUGUUUCUGAAAGCUGCAUUGCUUCAGGUCAUUUGUCUUUAUCAGAAGGUUGUGCCCCACUUGGUAGCACGGAGCAACUUUGAUUUUAGCAAGCUGCUGAAAGGUAUUGUCACCGAGCAGGGCCUCCGAGAGGAGGUCCCCCAUGUUCUGCAGUAUCAUGUACUGAAAGUUGCUUUGGAGCUUCCUGCAAAUAAAUUUGCCUGGUUCAGAGUACAGGACGUCUCUGACACAGAGAAGACAGCUGGUGAAAAAUCAGUAUUUUAUUUACUGAUGAAAAUGUUUGUUACAAGUAACCAUUCUUAUCUAAAAAUUUCAACGAAAAAACUGAUCAUCAAGGUUUUACAUGACAGCGGAGUGUUUGAGUACACGUGGAAGGAACUUUCAAUUUGGCUGGAACACUUAGAUAAUACAGAAGAAGACAAAAAGGAAGCAGUGAUUCAAUUUUUGGAAAGGGAUGUUAAAUGCCCAGAGCUUCCUUUUCAUUGCAGUUUCCCCAGGGACUCAGACUGUGGUACUUUGAUUGCAAAAUUGCAGAGGAUAUUUCUUGUUUCCAUCAGGCGCAGUGCAGUCCCACGUACAGUGAUCCUGUUGAAGCUGGUGACAAAUCCCUAUCCAUAUACAGAUAAAGCAGCAGACCUUGUUCAGGAGGCGAGUAUGCUCCAAGUUAACAUGUUUAAACAGGACUCUGAUAAUGUCAGCAUCCCCAUCUCUCACAUUGAUGAUGUCCUUGAUAUGGUAGAUGUCCUAGUUGAGGGCAGUGAUGGCUUAGAUGAAGAAAUUGGGUUCACUUUAAAUGAAGACACUGUUAUUCAAACAUUUCCAUUCAGUGCUGUUGUCCCUGCUGCGUUAGAAGCCAGGAAUAAACUGCUGCUUCAGACUGAAAAUGAAACAGGAGCACACAUCGUAGAGUAUCUUGUUGGUGUUUUCACUGAUCUUCUACACUCUCAGAGAGAUGCCCUUGCCCUCUGCUUGAUGUUCCAGCUCUAUGAUAAAGAUCUGCAGUCACUGAAAGUUUCUAAGUAUCCUCAACUCUACCAAUUUAACCAGUAUUAUAAUCUCUGGAUACCUCAGCAAGCUCAGGAACCUGUGUUCAAAAAACGCAAAGAGAAAUGCAGAGAACCUGCUGUGGCUCUGGACACUCUGUUUACAACUUUGCUAAAGAAUGCCUAUACAAGAGGAAGCAGUAUCUUGCUGGAAGAUGAUAUCCAGACAAAACUGAGAGACCUGGCUCGCCAGCUCCCAUCUGAACAACUUUUGUUAGGAGUGAAGCAUGUAUUGCUGUACCUGAAAUCCACAGUAGAGAACUUUGGCAGUCUUAGUAAAACUGCAGGUCCUCGCCUUGUUGACCUCUUUGUGGACCUGCUGAACAGCUUGUUGUGCCGGGGAGAUCAGAUAGAGUUGGAUAAUCGGCAGAAACAAGAAAAGCAUCAGACUGAAUCGGAUCUCUUUAUGGAUGAAGAGUCUCUGAUUACAGAGGAAUCUUUAAAUGACAAGACCCUGGAAGAUAUGUUAAUGCUGAUUUUCAAACAUCCGACGCUGGAGAGUUGGUUCCUGGCUUUAGAGCAACGUUCUCUUCCCCAGCACAGUUUAAAUCCUGUCACUGUGAAGCUUCUGUCAGCUCAUGUCAAUUCCGGUGUGCUCCAGCUGCUGAAAACAAGUGCCCCGAUGUUGCAGAGCAUGAAUCAUAUACAUGUGUUAUUGAAAUAUUUUGAUGCUAUCAUAAAAAGUGUAUUGAAAGAGCUACAGGCUGUUGGAAAAGGAGGAAGCCAGGUCUCUCCUAAGAGGUCUCACCAGCUAGAGCCUCUUCAAGAACUGCAUGCAUAUAUGUCUGCAGCUCAGCUGAAAGAGAUCACUUUAACCAUGAUGCGACUUCCGGAGAUGAGCUUGACUACUCAAAAACCUGAAAAAUCCCCCAAAAAAGGGCAACAGUUGAGCUUGUAUGGACAAAUUUUGGUGCAGCUCCUCAAAGACAGCUACCAAAGACAGCCCCAACAAGGAGAACUACUGCUGUCCACAGAGCACAUUAAAGCUUUGGGGAUAUUGAUGUCAGCAUCCGCCAGUGAAGAUUUGGAGAAAGUUUUCCUUCAGGCUCUCCAAAGUGAGCCAGUACUUGCACACGCGGUCAGUGUGGAGGUGCAAGUUUACUGCCUUAACCAGGGGUCAGAAACCUCCCUUGCCAUUGUAAGCAUGCUGAUAAAACACUGUAGGACUCACCUGCUGCAGUUUGAGCUGUGGUGCCUAAGCUGUUCCGUUGAGAAGUGCCUCAGAAAAAACAUGGAGAGAUUUCUUCCACUCAUCAAUGUGUAUUUGCAGUGCAGAGACCGGUAUGAUUUCACCCGACCUUCCACAGUUGUCUCAGCUGUUCUACCUGUCCUGAGAAAGGCUCUGUGGAAAGAGGUCUCUGGUGUACUUCAAGACACAGAAGCAUCUGACGAUGAGGUCACUGUAAAGCUGCAAGUUCUUUCAAAGUUAUUGCCAUCUUCACAAAGCAAAGGGCUGCGAAAGCUUAUGGACCAGCUCCCUGCUGCUCUUGAGCAAGCAGGAAAUAAUGAGAGUUGGACAGUAGCAGAUGCCAUCUCUAGAGUGCUUGAAAACUCUGAAGAGCUGCAUUCCUGGAGAAGAAGCCUCUUAUCAGCCUGCAUGAAAGGAUUAGUUGUCAUGUACAACAGCUGUAAAGAUGAAAGCAAGCAAGAUGUGGAGAGGCCACUGCUACUGAGGCUAGAAGAAUUACUGAGCUUAGUUGAAGAAGUGGACCCAGAUGACUGGUACAGUCUUGUGAAGACGGGACUAAAGUACCGCUACAGAGAUGAAGCAUUUCUGAAGUUCCUGAACACUGCUAUUCGGUUAUUAUACAAGGAAGAAUCCUCACUUAGUCAGAGAUUAGUCAAGCUCUCCAAACUUCACAUGAUGGUCACGCACCAUUCUCUAUUUUUGUCAGCCAUGCUGAGGUCGAGAGAAGAAGAUGGCACGAACAUCCAGACAAGAGAGGCACUGGUGGAUAUCCUGCUGACAGUUGUGAAACUUGACCCUUCGGUAUGUGAGAGCAGUCACCUUGCUGUGCUGCUGGGAGCCUAUGGGGCUACGCUGAGUACUGUAGAUCAGAAGAUACUGCUGCUGCUUCAGUUAUAUGAGAAGAAUAAUCAAAGUCUUAUAAAUUCCAGAAUCCUGCUGUGGGGUCCAGCUGCUGUGGAGCAUCACAAGACUUGCAAGAGUCUAGGGAAGUCACUAUGGCAGCAGCCAAGCAUGGAGGAGAUUCUGUGUCUGCUCGAUCGAGAUAAGAUGAUGAAGACAGUUCUGUCUUUCCCUCAGCAUCGCCGUCUUUUGCCAUCAGAGGAGGUACAAGAGUCACUGUAUAGAGAUGAAAGUGUCAAGGAUCUUGAUGAUUUCUAUGAUCCAUGUUUUCUGCUUCAGCUCUUCAGUGAAUUGACCAGACCAGAAUGUUUAGUGGCAUGUCACAAGUUCGUUGAAGUCAAUGCCUUGGGCCUAACGGUGGCUGCCCUUAGUAGCUAUGAUUCCAACAUGAGAGCAGCAGCAUAUUUUGUCCUGGCUUCUUUUCGUUCUCAUCUGGAAGGAGCUCGUUUUCGAGAGCAGAAACAGUUGCUGUAUCUCAUGGAUGCUGUGCAAAAUGGAAUCAGGCAGCAGAACCUCAGAUUUACCUUCUCCCUAACCCUCUACAUUGCUCGUGUGGCACAGCAGAUGCUGAAGCCAGAGGAGCACAUGUAUACAAAGAUCAACAGGUUCCUUCUGUCACACCAGUAUUUGGACCUGAGGAAAGUACCAGGGUUUUUCCAGCUUUUCUACAGUUUUGACUUUGAGCACAAAAUAGAACGUGACUGGGUUCUCAGACUUCUUGGGGAAGGGCUGCGUGAUAAACACUGCUACCAGCUCUAUGACUACCAGAGGAUCUUCCAUGUCAUUCUUUCCUUUUUCAACAGUCCUUUGUGUGAUGAAGGCUCACAGAACCACAUUCUAGAAGUGCUACAAAAUGCUGCCUGUGUCACUAGAGCUGCUUAUGAGCUGAUACAAGACCACAGCCUCCUAACCUGGAUACUGCAUGUCUUAGAGAAAAGGUUUCUGGAAAACAAGCUGCUAAAUAAAAUCAUUUCCUUAGUCCAUACUCUGUGGCUGACAAAUAUAGGAAGCAAGAGAGAAAGCAAGAAAAAGCCACAGGAGAACAGGAAGCUUCUUCCUAUUCAGCUUGUAAACGAAUUUCUGUAUGUUUUGAUCACUUUAGUUAAACUCAUUCGGGCUAAUUUAGAUCAAGCCAAGCUGGCACAGUUUUUCACUACAUUCAGUUCUGUGCUGGGAUAUCGUGCUCUUGUUGUGGAAGCCUUUAAAGAAAUGAGUCGAUUCACUGUGAAUGGCAGUGUUCUCUCAAACAAAGACAUCCUGCUGUUGUUGCAUAAGUGGAGCAUCAUUGAAAAAGACCUGCAGCUCCAAGAGGAUGUGCAGAAUCUUGCUCAGAAAUACCAGAUCAAAGAACUGCUUAAAAAUAUUAAAGAAAAGAGCAAAUCCCAAGCCUCAUCGCGUCGCAGUCAAAAAAGGAGAAAGACAGAAGAAGACUGCAUGGCUGCAGAUCUGAACGUCUCUGAGCUGGAGAAAUGCAGAGAGGAUCUGAGCACCAUAUUUGUCCACUGGGAGCCCGUUUUCCCAGCGCUGCCUACCAAACAUUCAGAAGAACCCCUCAAAUCUGCUGACCUUGCAGAUGAAACAGUCAGUCUGACCUGUGCAUCCGCAUACAUAGUAACAAAAUGGCUGGUGAAGUCUAUGGUUGAGCACAGCCUCAAUAUGCAGAACGUUUCGUUGACUCUGCAGUGGCUGCAGAAUUGCAUCUUGCCGCACCCAGUGGCAGUGCAGGAGGUGCUCAGGGAUGAGACCCUGAGGAACAACAUCUACAGGUUUUACAGUCGGAUCUGUGAGGCCAGCAGUGGGGCAGUGGGACACUUAAAAGAGCUCUGUUUGUUCAGUUCAAUCAUGCUUCACCUGAUGGAUGCUCAGGGCCUGACUAACAACAGCUGUCAUGAACUUGUAAAAACGUUGUGCCAGUCAGCAAUGACGGAAGAGAAUGUGAACAAGAAGGCUGUUUCUGUGUUCCUGACUUCUGUUUACAUCGGAGACGUAUGGCUUGGAGCACAGGAGCCAGAUAUGUUAAUAACCCAUGUCAAAUUGAUCUGCAGUAGUACAGAUGAUAAAUUAAAUGAUGAUGACAUGGAAACUGAUAAACAGGGAGAAGAAGCUAUUAUACCUCUUUGCAGAGCCCUGUUCUCAGCUGCACUGGGACACUGAUUCAGCGAACUGACACUUAUAUCUUUAAUGUUAUAUGCUCUGCCAUCACUGCUGUUAGCCAUGAAACCCUCCUGAACUGUUCUUCAUACGAAACUAACUUGUCAUAAGGAUCAAUAUUUUCUUACUUUGUGAGAAUUGGAGGAGGAGGGAUUCAUCGAUGCCUUUUUUUUCUCCAGUUAUGGGACAUAACGCUAUUUAUAUCAUUUUUUUUUAUUACAACUAUUUUUAAUGUUAUGAAGAACCAAAGACAACUGAUCAGUCCAUCAUCUCUGGUCUGUAUUUCAGUCCCCGUGCAAUUAAAACCCAUCCUCUCUCCGAUGUAGGAUGUUGAAAAAUGACUGCAGUACUUCACCAGUUUGGUAUAAAUGCAGAGAACAAGCGCUCAGAGCUUCAGCCACUAUGAUUUACUAUUUCUUGAAAAACCAUUUCUUUCAGGAUACUUGAUACUAAAACAGAUGGCACUGAG